GGCCUUGUCGCUUUCUUCUUUUCCGUUCAUUCUACUGCCUGGUCGCUGUGGUUUUGGUCUCUCGCUCAUCAUGCAGCUGUGGCACUCGGUUCUCCAGCUCUCCUUGCUGGCUUCUGCUGCUAUCCCGACCGCGGCUGCCUCCGCAUGGGGAUUUACUGAUGCCACCGUGUCAGUAAACACCAAAGGCGCUGGUGUCGGUGCGGGCGUAAAGGAGGUUAUCCCCGAUAACAAAGCUCUUACCAAGCCCAUCGCCCUUGGAGUCGCCGAUACCUUGAAAGUUACCUUGACAGCUCAAGAAGGACGCACCGGAAAGCACGCACACCAAGUGUACCUCCUCCUCCAGGAUCCUGAGACCGGAUUGGACAUUUCAUACCCUUUCAACGUCAAGGACAAUGGCAAGUCCAGGCUUGACCUGACCCAGAAAGACCUUCCCGUUCAAUUCCUUUCCGCCUCCGAGCCUCUUGAGGCCCGAUUCCUGAUCGGAUCCUUCGGCGAGUCGACCGCAUACAAUGCUGCUGCCUUCCAGCUGGAUGUGACCCGUAACGCCGAUGAGCCCGUCCCGACCGUCGAGGUUUCGCGGUAUGGAAAGCUUCCUGAGAUCCACCACAUCUUCAAGAGCGACCCUCAGAGCCCUCCCAUCGUGAUCACGCUGGCCUUUGUCGCCAUGGUGCUCGCUACUCUGCCUGUUUUGGGUGGUGUGUGGCUCUUCCUCGGCGUCAACGUCAACCACCUGCCUACCGCCUUGAAGUCGGCUCCUAUCCCUCACAUUGUGUUCCUUGGCUCCCUCCUCUCCAUCGAGGGCAUCUUCUUCCUGUACUAUAGUUCUUGGACUCUCUUCCAGAUCCUCCCUGCCGUCGCAGUGGCCGGAUCCGUCGCAUUCGUCAGCGGUAGCCGCGCUCUGGGUGAAGUCCAGGGCAGACGGCUUGCCGGACUCAGGUAAACGCAGUACUGGACUACUGCUGCCUGAGAGAGUAUUAUUGAAGUAGUGUUCCUGUAGGGAACCAGGCUUGUGCAGACAAGCCUUACUGUAUGAGUGUAGCAAAACAGACAUGAAUAGGAUUACC